GAUAUCACUUCACUGGGCUUUGUUUAACGUUGUAGAUUACAAUCAGUGGAGUAUGCGUUGGAUAAUUUUCUGGACAGCUUUAUAUUUUUCCUUCUGGGCGGCCCCCAUGUAAAGGAUAAUACGAAAUUUCCACCACAUAGUACAUAUAUCAAAUGUCUUCUAACAACAGGAGCAAUUAUAUUAGCUAGAGCUCUGCUUGGGAUAUCCAUCUUGCUUGCAAUCAUUGUGUACAAAUUGAGGAGGAGGCAUUUAUCUGUGGAUGAUACAAUUGAAGAGUUCCUUCAGAAGCAGAAUAACUUCAUGCCUAUCAGAUACACAUAUUCAGAAAUAAAGAAGAUCACUGGAAGUUUCAAGAAUAAAUUGGGUGAAGGAGGUUAUGGUUUAGUUUUUAAAGGGAAGCUUCGAAGUGGCCAUUUUGUAGCAAUAAAAUUACUGAGCACGUCAAAAGGUAAUGGCCAAGAUUUCAUCAAUGAAGUUGCUACCAUGGGAAGGAUUCAUCAUGCUAAUGUCAUGCAACUGAUUGGAUUUUGUGUUGAAGGAUCUAAGCAAGCCUUAGUAUAUGACUUCAUGCCCAAUGGGUCUUUGGACAAAAUCAUAUUUUCAACACAAAGCAAUACGUCUUUAAGUUGGCAAAAAAAUGUUUGAGAUUGCUCUUGGGGUGGCUAGGGGGAUUGAAUACUUGCAUAGGGGAUGUCAAAUGCAAAUUUUACAUUUUGACAUCAAGCCUCACAAUAUCCUUUUGGAUGACAAUUUUAAUCCAAAAGUUUCUGACUUUGGCCUUGCAAAAUUGUAUCCUAUAGAUGACAGUUUUGUAUCUCUCACAGCAGCAAGAGGAACACCAGGAUAUAUUGCUCCAGAGUUAUUCUACAAGAACAUUGGAGGUGUCUCAUACAAGGCUGAUGUUUAUAGUUUUGGAAUGUUGCUGAUGGAAAUGGUAGGAAAGAGAAGGAACUUUAAAGAAUUUGUGAACCAAUUAAGUGAGGUAUACUUCCCAACAUGGAUUUAUGAUCAAUUUGAUCGAGGUGAGGAUAUAGAUUUGGGAGAUGUUACAAAUGUUGAAAAGAAUAUUGUGAAGAAAAUGGUCAUAGUUGCCUUAUGGUGCGUACAGAUGAAACCUGUCAUUCGCCCUUCAAUGACUAAAGUCUUGGAGAUGCUUGAGAGUGAAAUUGAGCUCCUGAAAAUGCCUCCCAGGCCUUGUUUAUUUCCUUUUGAAUUGCCAACUGCAGAUCAUGCUAAUAUAAGUCUAGCAGCCAUGCCCACAAUGUCUCUUGAGGCAAGAACUUAGUGGUCUCAACCAAAUGUAUUAUUAGGUAAAUUUUACUCUUAGCAAGUGCUGCUUAUAUGCCAAUAUCCAGCAUUGUAGACUUAGAAAAUGGCCACUUUAAAACUAUACUCUUUCUUCUUCUUCUUCUUCUUCUUUUUUUUUUUUUUUUUUUUGUGUAAAAUGUAUUAAAGUUUGUUGAUGCUUCCUAACCCUCUGUCGUAGCAGGGUUCACCAUACCAUUUAUUGUUUGAAUAUCAUACUUUGGUUUAUUUUUCAAUUAACCAAAUAGGAUUGU